CUCCCACAUCACACCACCCAGCCCGCCGCCUUGGGACAACACGCCGGGCUUCCUCUGGGCGUUCUCCUUGCCUUUCCUUCCCGUGCUUCUCUCUUGGUGUUUGUCGCGUCCCGACCCGCCACCAUGGAGGACCAGCUUGUCCAGAUCCUCGCCAACACGCAGCUCCCCGCCGAGGGGCCUCGCAAGCAGGCCGAGCUCGACCUUCGCAGCAACCGAUCGAACCCGGCCUUCCCCCUCUCUCUCACAAACAUUGCCGGCCAUGCCUCGGUCCCCGUCCAGAUCCGCCAGGCCGCCCUCUCCCAGCUGCGCCUCUUUGUCGAGGACAACUGGAGCGGCCAGUCCGACGACGACCAGCCCACCAUCCCCAUCCCCGACCCCGUCAAGGCCCAGAUCCGGCCCAUGAUCCUCGAGCUCGCCAUCAAUGCUACCGACCGGAGGGCAAAGACUUCGGCCAGCUUCGUCGUCGGCAAGAUCGCCAAUAUCGACUUCCCUGAGCAGUGGCCCGACCUCCUGCCCACACUCCUGAACAUCAUUCCUUCUGGCACCGAGGACCAGCUCCAUGGCGCGCUCCGUGUCCUCGGCGACCUCGUCGAAGAGAGCCUCAGCGACGACCAGUUCUUCUCCAUGGCCCAGCAGAUUGUCAAGGUUGUCUACGAUGUCGCCCUCAACGAGGCCCGGAAGCCUUCGCUCCGCGCCCUCGCCGUGUCUGUCUUCCGCGGCUGCUUCAACCUCAUGGAUAUCAUCAAGGACGAGCACAACCAGGAAGUCACCAAGUUUGCCGAGGACGCCAUGAAGGGCUGGUUCCCCUUCUUCCUGCCUGUCCUCAAGCUGCAGCUCCCCGAGUACGACGCGUCCACCAACAAUCAGCCCGAGAGCUGGAACGGAAUCGUGGCUCUCAAGCUCCAGGUGGUCCGGUGUCUCCUGAAGCUCAAGUCGGUCUUCCCAUCGCUUCUCUCGCCCGAGACGCCAGCAUUCUUCCAGGCCGUCUGGGAAGAACUUUCCCAGCUUGUGACUCCUUAUGAGCUCAUGUACAUUGAGAGUGACGCGCAGGGCCGUCUCGAGGACUCUGACGGCCUCCCCUUCACGCUCGACUUCCUCGUGCUCGAGGAGCUCGACUUCCUCAACACCUGCAUGAAGGCACCCCCCGUCCGCAAAGAACUCGAGGCGCAACUGAGCGCGCACUCCUCGGCACACGAGACACCCUGGAUACAAGACAUCAUAAAGUUGACCUCUUCCUAUGCGCGCAUCACCAGAGAGGAGGAGGAGCUUUGGGAUAUUGAUGUCUCCCUCUACCUUGCCGAGGAGACUUCCGUCAGCGCCAACUAUACCCCGAGAACCGCCUGCGGCGACAUUCUGAUCAAGCUGGGCGAGUGGUUGAACCAGCAAGCUCUCGAGGGCUUGUUUGGAUACACCAAGACACUCUUCAGCAACAAUGAGUCGUGGAGGCUGCAGGAGGCAGCGCUCUAUCUCCUCAACAUCCUCGUCAGCGAUCUCCUCGACUGCGACAAGUCUGUGAGCACGCAGAUCACCCAGGCUUACUUGGAACUGGUGAACUAUGCCAUCACUCGCGCAGAUCAGCCCAUGCUGCGAGCCAGAGGCUACCUGGUCGGUGGUGUGUUGGCCGAGUGUGACCCGGUUGCUGCCGGUCUCAUGGACCAGACUGUGGCUGCUAUCACAUCCGACGAAUCAGAGCUCGUUCAAGUCGCCUGCAUCAAGGCCACAGAGAGCUUUAUCAAACCCGAUGUCGAGGGGAAUCACCGUGGACCGGAAGCCCAGACCAAAGUCGUGCAAGCCAUCUCGCAGUGGAUGGGGUCCAAGGACAUGACGGAGCUGGAGGAGGCUGAUGAUUUGCUUGUGUCGCUCGCCGAGACUCUGCGCGCGGCCAUCAAUAUCGACAAGCGCAUUACAAUCUCGUCAGAUGUCCCUGCAUUGGACCUUUUAUUCCUGAUUGCCAAGCACGGAGCCAACAACUUCCAGGUCACUAUGCUCAUCUGCGAGGCAUUUGAGGAUAUCGUGCAGACCAUGGCCGACCCUCAGUCUUACCAAGCACUUUGCGCGAAGGUCUUGCCCUCUCUGAACGGCGCUUUUGAUGUUGCUAGCGUCACAUCAGAUGAUCCUCUUGUCAUUUUUGCCACUGAGUUGAUGGCUGCCCUCACGCAGUAUGGUUCGGAGCCUCUCCCUCCUGGGUUCGUUGCCGCUGUACUACCAAAGCUGUCGCGUCUCUUGAUGGAGAACAACGAAGGGGAGAUCCUGAGACCCGCGGCGGAGUCAGUCAAGUAUCUUCUGGCACACGACCACGAGCAGAUGUUCAGCUACCAGGACGAGAACGGAAGGGGUGGUCUGGAGGUCUGCCUGCACGUGGUCGACCGCCUGCUCGGUGCUAACAUUGAGGAUAAUGCCGCCUCGGAGGUUGGCGGUCUUGCUGCUGAGCUCGUCGAGAAGGCUGGCCACGAGAGAUUGGGACCGUUCUUGCCUCAGCUCUUGCAAGCUGUGGCCAACAGGCUCGCUUCUGCCUAUGGUGCCACUUUCAUCCAGUCACUUAUUCUCGUGUUUGCAAGGCUGUCUUUGGUUGGUGCCAACGACGUUGUUGAGUUCUUGAGCACCAUCAACAUCAAUGGCGAGAUUGGUCUGCAAGUUGUCCUGAGCAAGUGGCUGGAAAAUUCUGUCAACUUUGCUGGCUACGACGAGAUCCGGCAAAAUGUCAUUGCGCUGUCCAAGCUGUACACCUUGAAUGACGCGAGAGUCAACCAGACAAUGGUCAAAGGUGACCUGAUUGUACCUGCGAGCGACAGGAUCGUGACCCGGUCACAAGCCAAGGCCAACCCGGACCAGUACACCAUUAUUCCAGCGCCACUGAAGAUCCUCAAGGUGCUGAUCGAGGAACUGCUGUCCGCGUCGGGCCUGCAAACGGCGGCCAACGCCGCCGCCGCCGCUGCCGCCGAGUUUGCCGACGACGAUGACGACGAUGGAUGGGAGGACGACCCGGAUACGAUCGACCUGAGCCUGGGCUCCACCAAGAGAGACCUGAUGGGCUUCCUGGACUCAAGCAACAUCCGGCACCGCGACGACGAGACGCAGGAGUACCUGACCGAGUUCUUCAUCCGCGCGGCCCAGGACAACGUCGCGGGUUUCAAGGACUGGUACGAGAAUCUGAGCGAGGACGAGAAGGCCAAGCUUGCCGACAUGGCGGGGGCGCAGCAGCCUUGAACAAGGCAAGGGGGUUUGGUCUAGACAAGGCAGAGUGCAUAGACUUAGUGAAAAUACCAUGAAUACCAUACACUUGGAGCGACAAACAGUAUCGCGGAUAAGAUCAAAUAGUAUCGUACCAUCGCGCGACGGGA